AUGAUGCGUUUGAGACACAUUUCUUUCGUUGUGCUAGCGAUAUUGUAUGCUAAUACAAAUGUUAGUGGACAAGAAGAGGAUAUUUAUAAAACAGACCCUAAUAUUCUAGAAGAUGCAAGUCUAGACCCGUUUUCCCUGAUCCGCAAAUAUGGUUACCCGUGCGAGAUCCACCGGGUGUACACGGAAGACCAGUAUAUACUGGAGAUGCACCGGGUACCCCAUGGCAGGGAAAAUACGACUCAGGGUCCGAAACCUGUGGUCUUCCUCAUGCAUGGUCUACUCUCGUCUUCCGCAGAGUGGGUGCUUAUGCAGCCGGGGAAGGGACUUGCAUACAUUUUAGCAGAAGCUGGCUACGACGUGUGGAUGGGCAAUGCUCGUGGGAACACCUACUCCCGUCUCCACGUCUCCUUGAACACCAAAUUCUCUGCCUUCUGGCGAUUCAGCUGGCACGAAAUCGGCUACUACGACUUACCAGCAAUGAUCGAUUACGUCAUCAAAGAAACUGGGAUUGAUAAAAUCCACUAUGUAGGAUUUUCACAAGGAACCACGGUGUUUUGGGUCAUGAUGUCGACAAGACCGGAGUACAAUGAGAAGAUAGUAGCUAUGCAAGCGUUAGCGCCCGUCGCCUACAUCGGGAACGUUCGAAGUCCUCUCAUUAAAGCUUUGGCGCCGUUUACUAACUCUUUAGAAACGAUAUUCAAGAUAUUGGGCACUAAUGAAGUUCUACCAAAUGGUAAAAUUAAUGAACUCGCAGGACAGUCUCUUUGCACUGAAGAAGCCAUCACCCAAGUGCUCUGUACAAAUCUUUUGUUCCUUAUAUGUGGGUUUAAUGAAGAGCAGCUGAAUGCUACAAUGUUCCCAGUGGUGUUAGGACACACCCCAGCUGGAGCAUCAACCAGACAACUGGUGCACUUCGGCCAGCUUUACAAGUCUGGCAAGUUCGUUCAGUUCGACCACGGGUGGCUUGGCAACAAACGUCGGUACGGAAGCUUCAAGCCACCGCCGUACAAUUUGUCUGCCAUUAGAGUGCCAACCUUCCUUCACUAUGCUGAUAAUGACUGGCUGUCUACUCCUAAAGACGUUGACAAGCUCGCCAAAGAAGCACCUGCAGUCAUCGGCAAAUACAGGGCUCCACUAGACAAGUUCAACCACCUAGACUUCGUCUUCGCUAUCGACGCAAAGAAACUCAUCUACGAUCGGAUCAUGAAUAUAAUGGCACGGUUUAAUUGA